ACGCCGGAAAAAAUAAUAGGAGCAAGCUACCCUACAAUCACACUAGUAGGUCGCGAUCUUUUCCGGCAGCGAUGAGUAUUGCGGUGAAGGAAAAUGGUGGAUUGUUGCCAGAUCUCUGUAAUUUCUACAAGGACACUCAUCAACACAAGAAGACAAAACAGUGGAUUGAUCCUAUAUGCGGUGAUUUACAUGAGCAAAUGACAAGGGUGCGGGAUGAGUCUAUCGAGGCUGGAACGCCGAUGAGGCAAGAGGAUAUAUCAAUAGUGGUUCUUGGUAAGAAGAAGGGAUACUUGAGAGGAUUUGGGGUUGGACCAAAGCCUUCUUCUUGUGAUACUGGGUUCUCUGCUGCAUCACAAGCACGUGACGAGCAAUUGAAAAGGCUUACAUCCGAGUUGGAGAUAAUGCGUGCGGAGCAGCAGAGCAAUUUUGAGGAGCAACAAAAAAAAGAAGAGGAGCAACAAACGAAAGAGGCAGAGAAUACAAGACAACGUGAGGAGAUGCAGCGCCAGCUUUUUGGACUUCAGAGCAUGUUGGCGCAAGUAUUGGAAAAUCGCAAUCCACCAAAUUCUCGACAAUAGAUAGUCAUGGUA